AUGCAUAAUUCGUCGGACGGUUCGACCGGAGACCGGAUCGCCGCGGGGACGAGCGCGUCGACGGACGACGCCGGCGCGGUCGGCGGCGCGUUGACGGUGUGCGAAGUGCGUGUGGACGGCGGGGACGUCGAACCCAAGACCGCCGCGCAAAGCCCGGGCAUCCCGUGGCUUCGCCCGUCCAACGACGAAUGCUCCGAGCUGUUCGUCUCGGGCGGCUCCUCGCUCCGGCCGCGGUUCGCCCCGACGCUCCCGGCGCCGCGAGCCGACGCGCUCAUCCGCGCCGCCGACGCGCCAGCCGACGCGCCCAUCGACGCGCUCAGACGCGCGCUCACCGCCGAGCUCAGGGACCGCAAGGUUCGCGUGGACUCGCUCGCCGCGGCGGACGCGGCGCUGGGAGCUGGGAGCGCCGACGGGAACGUCGACGCGACGCUUCGCAGGGACGCGAGGUUUCGCCGGCCGGGGCGCGACAAACCGCCGGCGUGGGUGGAACGGCUGGUGGCCUUCGUGGACGACGCGCCGGUGUUUCGAACGCGCGGCGGCGGCGCGGACGGCGGCGCGUCGGGGCCCGGGGCGUGCACGCGGGAGACGAUCGGAGCGCUGGAACGGUGGGUGGACGCGUCGGUGGAGCGCGUGUGCCGGGAGGGGGGCGACGCGUCGCGGCGAGCCAAUCGGGCCCCCGCGCACCCCCACGGAGGAGGCCCCUUCGAUGACACCCUCGACGACUCAUCCGACUCCUUCGACGCCGAGGCGGCUGCGGAGGGCGCGCUCUGGAUAUACCGCGUCGCGUUCGACGAGCUCACGGACGAGGUGCGGCGCCAGUGCAGGGACCGCGGCAAACUCCUCGCCAAGGUGUGGGACCACUUCUUCUCCGUCGUGGAAGCUCGAGCCGGUCUGCGGUACGAAUCCCUCGUCGCCGACGCGAGGAUCGAGACGAUUCAAACGCGCACGCAGCUCGCGAACGCGAAACAAGAGGCGGACGCAUCGAACGCCAAGCUCGCGGCGCUCGAAGACGCGUUGGCGGGGGAACGCGCGGCGAACAAUCGCGAGCGCACGUCGAGCUCGAUGGCGGCGCUCGCCUCGAAAAUAAAGGAGAGGGAAUUACACGCUGAGGUGGAUCGACUCAAAACGUGCGACUUUGAACACCGCGAGCGACUCGCCGCCGCGCGCGUCACCGAACGACGGCUCAUCGCCGACGUAGACGCCGCCCGCGCACACGUGCGCGAUCUCACCGCGAGGGUAACGCGCGAGGCGGCGGAGCGGGACCGUUUAGAAAAACGGCUGGCGGAUGCAACGGAAAAAGCCGAAGGUUGGCGGGCGGAGGCGGCGAGCGUUCGAGCCGUCGUCGCCGAGAGGGAUCGCGCCGUCGAAGCGCUGAACGGAUCCCUCGAAGACGCGACGAAAUCCCUGGCGCGCGAGCGCGCGCGUGCGACGGCGCUGGCCGGCGCGCUCGAGGAGUGCCGAGGUGCGCUGGAAGAGCGAACGCGAGUUUUGGACCAAUCCAACGAGGCGAACGAGACUCUGCGCGAGAAAAUUGAGAGUAUGCGACAACAAGCGGAGGAUCUGCGCUCGGCGCUCGGCGACGCGCGCGCCCAACGCGACGCGCUCCAGCUCGACAUUCACGACGCCCGCGCGUGCAUCGCGACGGGGUGCACGCGCGAGGCGUCGCUUCGGAAGGCGCUGGCGGAGGGCGCGGACGCGUUGAUUGAGGAACGGGCGGCUUUGGAGAAUGAACGCGAUUGUCGGGAGCGGGAGAGCGCCAGGGCCGACGCCGCGAUCGCCGACGCGGACGCGGCGACGGAGACGAGGCGGACGGAACGCGAGGCGCUGCGUUCUGAGCUGGCGGGGGUCCGUGGGGUGAUGCGCGACCUCGCGGGCGGGGUGCGAACGCUGGGGGACCUCGCCGAGGGGAUCCUCGCCGAGGACCUCGAAGAAAACGGUUUGACCGACGACGCGUCCGUCGAGUCCGUCGCGGCGGACAUCACGCGAGGCGCCGCGCUCGCGCGCCGCGUCGUCGAACGCCUCGGCGCGCACAGGAAGGAGCUCGGGGACGCGGUGCGCGCCAGGGACGUCGCCCGCUCUCGCCUCUACGACGCGCACGACGUAAUCGCCAACCUCGAACGCCAAGUAGCGGAUGCGAAACUUGAAAAGCUUCGACUGGACAAGGACGUCAAGGAACGCGACGGGGUCAUCGCAUCGCGCGAACGCGACAUCUCGAAGCUGCGGAGCGCGUGUGUGUCGCACGUCGAGGACGCGAAGGUUGCCGCGGCGAGGCUUCUGGCGGAGGAGACGAGGUCGGCGGAGUUGAAGUCCGAGCGGUGCGCGUUGGAAAAGGAGGUGAGACGAUUCGCCAAGAUUGCGGAGGACCUCGACGCGUGUCGCGUGAAGCUCGACGCUUCCGAGACGCAGGUGGCGGGGCUCACGUCCGUCGUCGAGGGUCUGGAAGCCGAGCGAGAGGCGCUCGAGGCCGGUACGCGAGCGGCCGAGGGGAGGAUAGCGCGACUCGCCUCAAACGUCGAGGCUCUGGAAAGUGACCGGACGCGAUUGGAGAAACUCGUCCAGUCUGAGCGUUCGGAGCACGAACGGGCCGUGCGCGACGAAAGGGAGCGGCUCAGGGCGAGCGCGAAGCGUGCGUCCGAUCGCGCGACGCGCUCGCUCCGCGCGUGCGAGACGCGUCUCGCGGAGGCGGAGGAGUCGCUGAGGAAAACAAAGGCUCGAGCGUCGGUGACGAGCCGGCUCAAAGUCGGUCUUUUAACUCGCCGGUGCCAGACGCUCGCGGUGAAACUCGCCGCCCGCGACGUCGCCGCCGUCGCGAGAGAGGAACGCUUCGUCCGUCACAUGCUCGCCAAGGAGAAGGCGACGGUAGAGCUCGUGCGGGAGGUGCGACGCACGCAGCUCGAGUGGGCGGCGGAGACGAGCCAAACCAUCGCCGAGAUAUCCGCGCUGAGAGACGAAGCCGCGAAGGCGGUGGACGCGUCGUGCGCCAUGCGACGCGAGACGGACGGGGAGCUUCGCGAGUACCGGCGACGGUUCGCGACGAGUCGCGACGCCUCGCAGCAGUGCGACGACGCGCGCGUGGCCCACCUGGUCGAGCGCGCGCGUCGACAACCCCGACUCGACCGCUACGACGCCGACGAAAUCAAUCAUGGGGACAACCCCAUCCUCGACGCGCGACGCACCAGUCGGGUCAUCGUGCGUACGUAUCUCAAGCGCGUGCAGCUCGCGGCUGGGGAGUCGGGUCGCGCGCGGGACAUCACCCACGGCGCGUGCGGCCUCGGAGCCCUGGGAAACGACACCGUGUUCGACGCACUGAGGCGCGCCAUCGCGGAGACGCCUCGCCUCGCCGCCGCGUCGACUUCAUCGGCGUUCAAGCGAGGUUUUUCACGCGACGGACUCGUCAGAUCGGCAAACUCCGGGGAAGAGGCGUACUCCGCGGAUGACGUGGAUCGCGGCGUGGACCGGGUGAUGGCGUCCGCGCGUCACCACGCGCGGAGGGGCGACGCCAAGUGCGCCGCGUUCUGUCGCUUCGCCGACUGCCUCGAUUCGGAGUCGCGGCACGCCGAUUCCGACAGGCGGUUCGCGUCCGUCGACGCGUUUCACGUCUUUUGCUCGGUGCUCGGGUGCGCGAUGAAAGUUUUCGGCGAGGGUGAGUUUACGGGCGCUACGUUGCGUGAUUGGAGGGACGGAGCCGCGACGAUCCCCACGCGCGUCGCCAUGGACGUGGUGGCGAACGUGUACAACACGGACGCGCCGAGGGAUGUACCGGUCGUCCGCGAGUCUCUCAUUCGCCGGUCCGAGGAGUUCGCGGGGGUGGGCGGGCGCGAGCUCGGGUUGGACUUUGACUUUUUCCUCUCGCGGAUCAUGGAGGAGUACGCCGCGGGACGCGCGCCCGUGAACCCGAUGGAGGCGCCGCGGAGGGUGGAGGGCGCCGGACACGCGAGGGAGGGCGGAUCAUCGCGCCGUGGAAGGUAA